AUGCCCUCUGCGCUGCAUCGGUCCAGGACGGUCGAUGAUAGGCCGCCGCCAGGGCGGGAAGGCAAACUAAAGCCUACCCCCAAGGUGGCCCCAGAGGGAGUGCCUCCCGAAGCACCGCCUGCGGACACGAUCCGCUACAAGACGCCGCCCAGGGCCCGGGAUGAGCUGCCUGAGGAUCCUCAGGCCGCGCCCGGUGACCCUGAGGGUGCCGGUGCAGCGCCUAGGGAUCAGCCGAUGGAGGCGGACCGUACGCUUACUCCAGCGGAUUUGUUCCACCCGAAGAACUUCAGCAAGAAGGCGAACCCGAAGCCGCCGCCGAAGAGGCCAGCCGUUCCGGAAGGAAUGGUCACGGUGAAGCCUAGCCCGACGCCGAAAGGGGUCAGGCCUCCACCGCCGUUCCUGAUCAUGGAAACCGAGAGGGCCGAGGAGUUCUUGAGCACCAGGCCUGGAUGGUUGCUGGGUGGGCCGGCUGAGCCGCCCAUCGCGCGAUCUCCUCCUCCGCCACCUGCUGCGAGGAACCGGUCGGAAAGGCCCUUGCCUCAUGGAGGGCUGGGGCACGGGCCUUACCAAGGCCCUAUCCGGCCUAAGCUUGGUGGGCCUCCGCUCAAGGCCGCUCCGAAGGGGGCCGUUCCUAGUGCUGAAGCCCCUUCUGCGAGCUCGGCCUCCACGGGAGGCCCAGAGGGCUCCCGAGAAGGAGGGACGGCCGUCCCAGAGGAGACCGAGGAGGAACGGGCCAAGACUGAGGCCAUCCUCCGCGGGAUCGACGAUUUCAUGGCAUCCGUGGAGCGUCGGUCGGCAAGCCAAGAACGGCCCGCUCCGAAGUCUCCUGAGCGGCACACCUUUGUGCCUUUCAGUGUGGAUCCGAUUCCCGAGGAGGCUGCA